UGCCUCUUUUCUUUGCCUCCAGCUCCUGCAGAGCUGGGCUGCAGACACGACCCCACGACAGCCCCCUCAUCCUGUGACUCCUCGCCGCCCCUCCCACCCCGGCCCCAGAUUUCCGGAGGAGGGGACAGGCGGGGUCCCGCGGGGGCUCGCUGCCGUCAGCACCCCUCCCGGGCGACUGCGACCCCUCCCCGCUGACCUCACCGGCGCCGCCGCCUCGCGCCCAUAUAAGCAGCGUCCCCACCGAGGAGCGCGCCGCCGGCGCCCCGGGUCCUAGCGGCGCUUGCAGACUUGGCGACCUGCGGACAGCGGACCCCGCGGCCCAGGAUCCCGGACCCACCCCGCGGAGCCCUAACCAGCCGCCGCCAUGCCGGGCCCUUGGCUGCUGCUCACCCUGGCUCUGACCUUGACCCUGACCGGCUCCCCGGGAGGCCGCGCUCAGCCCCAAGCCGCCCAACAAGAGGCCGAGAUGGCUGCGGAGCAUCCCGCCCUGGACGACCUCCUGCGCCAGGCAGAAGGGUUCCUUCUCCUCCAGGAUGACAUCCAGCGGCUGCGAGGGGACCUGGGCCAGCCCUCAGAGUCCCUGCAACCUGAUUCGCUCUCCAAGCGUCAACAUCCGGGCAAAAGGGAAGAGGAGGCAGAGGAGGGAGUGGAAGAGGAGGAGGAGGAAGGCGGAGCUGUGGGGCCCCACAAACGCCAGCACCCGGGGCGACGCGAGGAUGAGGCUGCCUGGUCUCUAGACAGGACCCAGCAGCGCAAGAGGCAGCACCCCGGCCGGCGCUCCCCGUGGCUGGGGCCCGCUGACACCAAGAGGCAGCACCCAGGCAGAAGGCUGGUGGACGCCCAGGUCCAGGGGAGCUGGAGGGAGGAGCAAGAAGAAGAUGCAGGAGAGGGGACCCCGAGGGUUGAGAGGCGCCAGCAUCCCGGCAAGAGGGCGCUGGGAGGCCCCUGUGCGCCCCAGGGAGCGUGUGCCCCAUCGGGCCUCCUCCUGGGGCUCCUGAGUGACCUGAGCAGGGGCCAGGGGACCCAGGAGAAGCCGCCCCACCCCGAGCGUCGGGCAUCCUGGACCAGAGAGCCCCUGGAGGAGUGAGCCCUAAUUUCCUGGAAAAUCCAAUUUGGGGACCUAAGGAUACCUUAAGUGACCACUGCAUCCCGGUCCCCUCUCUCCCAGCCACCAACCUGAGCCUCCUGUAUAACACACUCCCAAGUCCCCGUCCCUGUCCCCCAGGGCACCCAGGAUCUCCUUUCCCUUCCUAAGCCUCCUUUUGUAGAUGGAAAGAGACUUAAUGGAACUCUCUGUGGGGACCAUGGCCCUGCGUGGGAAUGUUCCGUCACAGCCCUGGAAGUUGUGGCUUGUAUAUAACCCCCCCCCCCCUUAGGCACCUUCUCCUUGUCCACGAUAGUCCCUCAAGUGGUAAUAAAACGUGCGACCUGAACUC